AAUUAUCACUCGAGUCGGUUACCCUUCUGGCCGUCUCCUCCCUCUGUCUCCUUCUCGCUUGGCCAUGGCUGUUUCCCUUCCUUCCCCAGCAAAACCCCUAGCUUUCUACGCCCGCAAGAACUCUAACUCCCCAAUUGAUCCCCAAAUCUCUUGUCUUCUCUAGAUCUCGCUCCAAUGGAGCCCUCUCGGAAGACCUAAUCCCGGCUGGGGAUGGCGAUUGUGACGGGGAUCGGUAUUUGGUGUACUUGGUGAGGUACGUGGAGAGGAACGCGGGUUUGCUGCUGGAUGGGACCCUGACGCUGAAGCUGAACCCUGUGGGGCUCCGGUAUGUUCAGUCGCGGCUGGAGGCGCUGCAGGAGCUGGAGGGCCUCCUCGCCGGCGCCCCCGUCGACUACCUCCGGGCCUAUGUCUCCGACCUCGGGGACCACCGCGCGCUCGAGCAGCUACGGCGGAUCUUGCGCCUGCUGACCUCGCUGAAGGUGAUCUCCGUGUUGCCGCCGCCUGCGAGGGACCCGACGCCGGUGUCGCUGCUGCCGUUCGGGCGGCUCCGCGCGCUGGAGCUGCGGGGGUGCGACCUCUCCACAUCUGCGGCGAAAGGGCUGCUGGAGCUCCGGCACACGCUCGAGAAGCUCAUAUGCCAUAAUUCCACUGAUGCACUCAGGCAUGUAUUUGCCAGUAGAAUUGUGGAUAUAAAGGAUUCUCCAGCAUGGAACCGGCUGUCUUUUGUCUCGUGUGCUUGCAAUGGUUUAGUUCUUAUGGACGAGUCCUUGCAAUUACUUCCUGUUGUUGAAACUCUGGAUCUGAGUCGGAACCGGUUUGCAAAAGUGGAUAAUCUCAGGAACUGUACGAAGCUGCGGCACCUGGAUCUUGGGUUCAAUCACUUGCAGACAAUAGCAUCAUUUAGAGAGGUUUCUUGUCGAAUAGUUAAACUUGUUUUAAGGAACAAUGCACUAGCUACUCUACAUGGAAUUGAAAAUUUGAAAUCGCUUGAAGGGCUUGAUCUUUCCUACAAUAUCAUUUCCGGCUUCACAGAGUUGGAGAUCCUUGCAAGUCUUUCAUGUUUACAAAGCUUAUGGCUGGAAGGAAAUCCAAUUUGUUUUGCUCGUUGGUAUCGAGCACAUGUCUUCAGUUUCUUCUCCAAUCCAGAGAAGCUGAAAUUAGAUGAAAAGGGAAUUAGCACAAGAGAGUAUUGGGAGAGGCAUGUAAUCUUUGCAAAAAGGCAAAAACGACCUGCAGGGUAUGGUUUCUAUUUUCCAGCAAAAGAUGAUCCUGAAGAUGAGAGCAUUAGAAAUACAAAGAAGAAAAAACAUUCUCGUCUUGCUUGUAUCGUGGAUGAGGAGCAAAGGAGAUAUCUCUGCUCAGAAGCUGUUGAUCAAGAAUCACUGUCUUGUGAUAGUGAUAGUUUGAGGAAAGAGGAGAAUGCCAUUUCAGACAGUGAAAUAAAAAUAGUCGGUUUGAUCAAUAGAGCUGAAUACAUGAAGAAGGAGCGAUCUGUCCUUUGGUUGCGAGAGUUUAAGGAGUGGAUGGAUCAGACUGUUGAGGAUAAAGUGGAUAAAAGCCAGUCCGAAGAGUUUGAAGAAGGUUCUGGUAAAGAAAAGGAUAUGAAACAAAGAAAGGGUCAUAAAUCAUUUGGGGAAAGCUCCAAGCACGUUGCAGACCUUGCACAAACUUCAGAAGGUGGGAGUAGCUCAAACAUUUUGGAAUCUGACAUAUCAUUUACAGAUACCAAUAUUGGUGGCCGUAGCAGUGAAUUCUUUGAUUAUAAUGGCAGUGCCAUUUUGGAACCCUCAGUGGUGAAUAAUGGCCAUGCCUCAAUGUUGGAACUAAAAAUUGGGGGAGUGAGUGAUGAGAAAGAUCAAUCGAGGGUUCAUUUGAGGAAACCACAGGAUCUUUCUCCUUUAGAGGUAAAAGGUUACUCUCAUUAUAGUUCUUCAACGGUCGAAGGGGGUGAGGAGAUGGAACUGAAGAUGAGCCCUGCACCAUUGACUGCCAUAGAUGAGAUAAUAGGGCCACGCCCAUCCUCAAUCUACCCCAAGUCGCCUCCACAUUAUCAAGAGGAUAUUCUGCACCGCAGACUAUACUGGGAGGAAGAGUUCUUACAACUAUCAGCUGAGUCACAUUCUGUGGGAUCAUCAGACAGUGAUACCAGCUGUAGUGAUUAUGCUUCAUGUGAACUCAAUUCAUCCAGUUCUGAGCUUGAUUGUUCACUAAUUCAGACAUCCAUAAAUCAGGUCAUCAGUGAUCACUCAGAUACAUUUCUUUAUGAAGAUAAUCACUUCGAGGGAAGGCAAGAGAAACCAUGCUUAGGAGAGAACAGCAUCUCUUCAUCUGAUUAUUGUGCUCAAAAUGAUUACAGUCUUGGGAAUCAGUUUUUACCAAACCAUAACAAAGCAUGUUUGCUUAAUGAUAUUUCAGCUGAUGCUGGUUCCAGUAUUUCAGCUGAUGUUGGUGACAUGGGGAAUCAAAAAGCUAGACAAAAGGUUAAGAGAAGGGUUAUCUCACUUUCAGAAAAUUUUGACACUGAACCAGAAUUUCAGAAGUCCAAUGGAAUUGUAGAAGCUGGUAAGAAUGACGUGAAAGAUGCAAAUGGACAACCAAGUUGCCAUGCGAACUUUGUCCAUGAUUAUUGCGAGGAAGCUGCUCUUGUUGCACCACGUAGUCAUGAUAAAAUUUCAACCAUGGCUGAUGCUGAUGGUUCUCCUACAGAGACCAAAACCAGCUCUUUGGAUCCUGAGCAGGAUGAUUGCAUAAAAAACAUUUUUCACAUGAAAAUUGCAGAUUCAGAAUCUUCUGAAACUUGUGAGGGAUUGGUUCGUUGUGGUUGUAUAUUUCAACUUGGAUCCGACUUUCAAGAGAGUGACAUUGCUUUAGUGCGAAGCUCUAAGAACAAAUUGUAUAUUCUACUUAUUGAUGCGACAUCUGACAGUCGAGGAACCAUCUCCAAAGUUUUGGGAUGCCAUAGGCAUGAGGAUAUAAGAAAUGUUAUAGUAGGACUGGGACUGCAAAUUAUAAGGGUACACUUGGAGAGAAAUGUGACAUAUCUGUUCUUAACAAGGACUCCUCAGAUCUCGGAAGAUUUACUCCACCUGCUACAAAUUUGUUGUUCUACUUCAUUGAUUAAUGGAUGUUCUCUGCAGAGUUGGGAGCAGGUCCAGGUCAAAUUGCUUGAGAAACAUAUUUAUGGAAGUUUAAAGAUGGGCAUGUUCCUGUACUCAAUGCUUCUGUUUUGGCACAAUUCUGCUGAAGGGGAAUCAUGGCUUGCAAGAUCUCUUUUUGUGAUUGAAGGAUAUAUUCUUGUGUGCAUUGAGAAUCUUGCACAUUUUGGCUCUUUUAUGGAUGAUUUUGAAUUAUCUCGCCCGUAUUACUCUCUUGACUCAUGCUGCUCCAUUAAGAACAUAUUGGAAAUGGUCAUUGAACUCGGUGAUAAUAGAUGUUUGACCUUGACUCUUGACAAUGUUAUGUCUGGGAAUUGCUGCUUUACCGACAAGAUUAUUAAGGAAAUCGAGCUGGAAGGGAAGACUGCGAAGGUUCAUAAAUGGAAACUCAAGUGGUUUUCUGAGGACGCUAUGCUGAAGUUUGUUGCACUGCUAAAGGCUAUCCAUUCAGGAGUAACAGCAUCUCCUUUACCUGUAAAGUGAUUAUGUUGAUGCUUAUUGUUGCCAGUCCUGUAGUCAUUUUAUUCAUUCUUUCAAUUUGCCUUUCCCAAAUAUUUUUUGUACAGCUGGUUUGCUUUACAAGCUUGUCUUUAGCUUUGUAUUUUUUGUCCUGCGAUGUUUCGAGCAUUUUUUUUGUGUGUAUAGUUGUAUAGGGUGUUAGAUGAAGUUGUGCACUUGUGUCAGAGUGUAAAUUCAAUUUUGUAUUUCUUAUCCAACAUGUAUGAGAAGAGACUCGAGUGCUGGGCAACCCUGGUGCUGUUUUGAUACUUGUGGGUCUCUCUGUCAUGGUUUUUCAGCAAAAAAGUAUAUAUUUAAUUCUACUUGU